AUGUCCAACCGACCGCGCGUUGUCCUCUACGACGACGCGAAUGGGAGCCGCGUCACCUCCGUCUACGGCGACCCGGUCUCGCCCACGGAGAGCGAGGGCGAGGUCUAUAACCCCGUCACGGGGAAGUUCGGCACCAUGUCUCGCCUGUCCAACUCCAAGUCGGGCUUCCAUAACCCGAUGAACUGCCAGUACCCAUUCCACACCACGCCCGUGGACCCGCCAGAGGUGGUCUACCCGGACCGAGCUCGCAGAUGCGCCUUCUUGCGGGAGUCGACGACGCAGAUCAUGCUUGGAGCCAUGGCUGGACUGCUGCUUGGCAUGCUGCUAACGAAGAUCGACGUCUCCGACGACGUCAGCGUCCUCGUGAGCCUGCCUGGAAAAGUGUUCCUCCAGGUGCUCAAGUGUUUCGUCGUCCCCAUGGUCUUCACCAGCCUGUCCACAACGGUGGCGGACAUCGUCCUGCUCGGCAAAGUGUCCAUCAUUGGCACGCGCACGGCGCUUAUAUUCACGUCGCUGUCGUUGCUGGCCUCGAUGCUGUCGCUCGCGAUCGCUAUGCUCUUGCGAGGUCUGCACCCACUCACCAAGGGCGUCACCUCUGUGACGUCCCCGGUGUAUUUCAGCAUCAUGUGCGAGAACGGCAGCUUCUUGACAUACAAUGCGACGGGCGCGGCGACGUGCUCGGGAGACACGAUGAACAGCACGACUCGCUUCGAGUUUUACGACCCGACGCGAGUGCUCCUGACUGGUGGCACUGCUAACGCCGCGUCCACUGUGACCAUGCAGAUCACGGACAUCUUGAACCAGCUCAUUCCGAACAACAUCUUCUCCAGCUUCCAGCAGGGCAUGCUGCUGAGUGUAGUCACGUUUGCCAUCACUUUCGGCGCCGCAGCAGUCAAGACUAGCUCCCGUGAGAACAGCCCGCUACUCGACGUCCUCAAGCAGAUGAACAAGAUCUUCUUCCAUGUGAUCGGCAAGGCGAUUGACUGGAGCCCCAUUGCUGUGAUGUCGCUUGUGGCCGGCUCGCUCUCAGGCCAGGAAAUGCUUGGCCAGGCCGCGACGCAUGUCGGCGUCCUCGUGCUGUGCGCCGUCCUCUCGAUGAUAGUCUUUGAGCUGGUCUUCUUCCCCAUUUUGCUCUGGUUGACCAUCAGAAAGAAUCCGUUUCCGUUCAUGCGCGCGAUGCUCCCAGCAGCGAUGUUUGCAUUGGGUUCGUCUUCAUCGCUAGUGACGCUGCCAAUGACGCUGCGCUGCGUGGAGUCCACGCGCGAGGUGCCUCGCAGUAUCCUGCAGUUUGUGGUCACGAUCGGCUGCAUCCUGCACAAGAACGGCUCGGCCCUCUACUAUCCGAGCGCCUUGGUCUAUCUGGUGUCCACGUCUGAGAAAGCAGUGCCGCUGGGUUGGCUGCAACUGACGCUCAUCUUGCUUCUGACGGUUUUGGGCUCGAUGGGGACAGCUCCGAUCCCGAACUCCAGCAUUGUCAUGAUCUACUCCAUCUGGACCACGAUAUACUCUGGCGAAGAGGUCCCCGCCAGCUACAGCUACCUGGUGGCCAUUAGUUGGUUCAUCGGUCGACUCGUGACUGUGUGCAACAUCGUCGGCGACGGGUACGUGGCUCGCAUCAUUGCCGAGCAAGUCGAAGACGAGGACGUCGACAACAUUGAGGCGCGGCAUACGACACCUGCCUGCCGACCACACCGCUUUGGAGUCCCAGCCAUGCCGUGCUUCCUGACCGAGUGCGACCCCAUGGCCGAGGUCAAGCGCUUCGGCUCCGCCAUGGCCGGCCUGUACGCCUACCACUUCGUGGUGGACACGGUCUUCAUCCGCCCCGCCGUGCGCUACAUGCUGCGCAAGGGCUGGCUGACCAAGGACAAGGAGGACAAGAUGCGCGAGUCGCUCUACAAGAACGCGGCAGUGGGCGCGUUCCACGCGCUGGGCCUCUACAUCGGCUGGCACGAGCCGUGGUUCAUGGACAAGGAGGAGUACUUCAAGGGGUUCCCGUACGUGGCCAACGAGCUGCAGCGCUGGUACUACAUGAUCUACCUGAGCUUCUGGUUCCAGAGCAUCGACUUCAUGCUCAACAUCACCAACAAACACUACACGGUGAAGCGCAAGGACAACGCCGAGAUGCUCGUGCACCACUUCGCCACCAUCUCGCUCAUGCUCUUCUCGUACUACGCCGACCUCACCAAGGUCGGCCUCUGCGUGCUCAUGAUCCACGACGUCAACGACCUGCUGCUCGAAACAGGUGCGUCCGAACCGUCUGUUUCUUGUCCUAGUACUCGCUGCUGA